AUAUCCAUGAUAAGUUGGAAAAGCUUCACUACACCACCGUAGCUACCAAGACCCAAAAACCAGAAAUGUUGAGACUUCUAGCCCUCGCUUGCACCAUUGUCUGCGCGGUUGCAGACUACUACCCGAAGUCUUAUGGACUUAUGAUGGGUAGCCUUGGGGGUGGAUCGAUUGUUGGCGGAGGAAUGGUUGGCGGAGGAAUGAUUGGUGGAGGUUUUGGGGGUGGUUCAGCUGCCGCUGCUUCCGCUGCUGCUGCAGGAGGUGCUGCAGCCGCUGCCGCCGCCGCUGCCGCUGGACGAGGUGCCGCGGCUGCCGCUGCUGCCUCUAGUGGUGUUAGAAGAAUUGGUGGAUGGGCCCCUACUUACUACCUACGACCUUCAUAUAGCUACCCAGUUUAUGGAUUAAUGGGUGGUGGUCUUGGAGGUGGAUCAGCCGCUGCCGCUGCUGCCGCUGCUGCUUCUUCUGGCCUUGGUGGAUUCGGUGGUCUUGGCGGUGGAUCAGCUGCUGCCGCUGCUGCCGCUGCCGCCGCUGGACAAGGUGCUGCUGCAGCUGCCGCCGCCGCUGCUGCUUCCUCUGGUCUGGGUGGUCUUGGAGGUGGAUCAGCCGCUGCCGCAGCUGCUGCCGCUGCUUCCUCUGGUUUUGGUGGUUUUGGUGGUCUUGGAGGUGGAUCAGCUGCUGCCGCUGCUGCCGCCGCUGCUGCUGGACAAGGUGCUGCCGCUGCCGCUGCUGCGGCUGCUUCCUCUGGUGGUGUAGGAGGAAUUGGCGGAUGGGCUCCUUCAUACUACAUGCCCUCUUAUAGCUAUCCAGUUAUGAUGGGUGGCUUCAGAAGCAAGAAGGUAUACUAAAAGAAGAACAAAGACAAGGCGGUGCUAUUAGUUUGUGAUGGUUUUGUUUGUAUAUAAUAUAUGUGCAAUAAAUGUCAGCAGAUUUC